UACAUAUACACAGCUUUAGUUCUUUUGUUUUUGUCGUUUUUGUAAACGUAGACGUUAAAAUUAGUGAUCGGUUAAAGUAAUCGGUUAAAGAAAUAAAGAUGUACGAUCUGAUAAUUAAGCAAACUCACACAUACAAACAAUAUAUGACAAUAUUUACAUCCUAAUAAGGAAUUUAAUACUUUUCUCUUCGACCUUUUAUUCGUUAUUUAUUACAUACUUGUUAGAGCGGUUUCACAUCACAUUUAGUCUUAAAUACGCCGUCAUACGAAACGAUACCAUGGCAAACAAUUUGGACGACAUUAUGUGGAUUAAAACAUUAUUAAAACAUUACACUUUGGAAGAUUCUUACCUACAUUGUAAUUAUUGUAGAAAAAUUUAUCAUGAAAAAUCACUUUUAAAAAUAAUAAAAGAGCAUUUACUUGAUGAACAUAUAAACGAUAUAAAUUGGGACAUGGAAAAUGAAGGAUCAAAUUCACAUGAUGAGGGUUCCGACUCUAUAAGUUCGAAUCAUGCCGAGACAGACUCAUCAUAUAAUGAAAAUUCAAACAGAAUUUCUUUAUAUAAGGAAAAUAUAAAAAAAUUUAUAAAGUAUACGGAUGAUGAAUGCACAGAAGCAAUAUCAUUGCAAGAAAUGGGAUCAGAAAGAGAAUUAAUUUCAAGCAUAGAUAAUUCAACGCAAACAGAUGAGUGAGUAUGCACUUACCAAUUAAAAAUAUAAAUUGAAACAAUUAACU